AUGAGGGAUAUCAAGGGAAGUUUUGAAUCUCAAGUUAUUGAUCUGAUCAGUCGCAUCGGUUGCAUUGCAUCAAUUGUGUGUCUGUGUUUGACCAUUAGCAUUCUUCUGGGUUUUAGAAAACUGCGUGGAAAACGACCACAACAGAUCAUCGUUAAUCUUUGUUUCGCCCUGCUAUGUUUAUACGUCACUUUCGUCAUCGGUAUUGACCGACCGACCUGGGGGAUCAGCUGUACUUUGGUUGCUAUCCUAUUGCAUUACUUCUGCCUUGCAUCGCUUGCUUGGAUGGGUGUAGAAGCCUUCAGCAUGUACAUGUCAUUCGUCAGGGUUAUGGACACCUACAUACCCAAGUUACUCCUAAAGUGUUGUCUCGUCGGAUGGGGCAUCCCGUUUAUUGUCGUCAUAGCAACAGUUGCCAGUAAAUGGACAGCGUAUCAAAACUCUGACUACUGCUUCCUUUUACCCGGACCUUCUUUAUAUUUUGGACUGAUUCUGCCAAUCGGUCUGAUCCUCACCUGCAAUUGCAUCACCUUUACCAUUGUUAUCUAUAAGCUAACCUGUGGUAGGAAGACUUUCUCCGCCACCAGCACAAGGCUGUCCAAGAAAGAAAGGGUAGCCACAAUCCGGAUCGAAACCAUUCGUCGGGCACAAAAUGCUGUUGCAAUCGGGACGUUACUCGGUCUCACUUGGUCCUUUGGAUUCCUGGCUGUAGGUGAUGGUCGCUUAGCAUUCAGCGCCCUCUUCGCCACAUUGAAUUCUCUCCAGGGAGUCUUUGUCUUCCUCCUCUUUGGCAUCAGGCAACCUGAAGUGAAAGAAAAACUAAGGGCGACUCGGAUGCGACUGUUGCAGGGUGUAAGGUCUACGCGUAGAGGUUCAGACUUUUGGACCUCAUCGAGUGAAGCGCGCAUGGAUUCACGACCCUCUGACGUCACGAUUAUCCCAAUGGAGCAAACCACUGGCUUUACUGAACCAGUGCCUUCAAUGUGCCCCGUAAGAGAAGCGGUUGUAAUCGUUAAUUCCGGGUAGAAAUAUGAUGUUUUAUAGAAAGUGACAGUUUAGCCUUGUUAUAAAAAUUAAACAAUUAAGUCUUCUACUACUAGUAUUACUACUACUUCUACUACUACUUCUACUACUACUACUGUAAAAGUAUGCGUGAGACGUAACGGACAUUAGAGUUGAGAAAAUGAAAAACAUGUUUGUAAUGGAAAAUUUACUGUUUGAAAAUAACAAGGCCUCAUGCAAGAUUUCCCCUUGGCCUAUCCCCAAUAUUUAUGUGAAUUGCGAGUCCCCAUAUGAUACAAUCUGAAUGCAUGUUACUAGAAAAAUCUACUACUAUCUACUAUGAAAUGAAAAAUAAAAAUAGUUAUCAAAUGAAAUCAAAUAAGACGAAAAUGAUAUAGCCCUAUCACGAAAAUGAUAAUUACACAUCAAAUAAAUGACUGAUUUAUCGAAAUUUUGACGAGUUUAUUUAUCACUUCUAGUUAGGGUCACAUUGUAUGUCUUAAAACAUUGUAACAAUGCUCAUCAUGCCCAACAGCGUGAUUUUUUUAAUUUUUAAAGGGGGCCUAAUUUGUAAAAAAAAAAAAAAAAAAUUGUUGUCAUUGAAGUGUACCUUGAGAACUUUAGUAAAAUAAAAUCAAGUGAUAUAAUUUUAUGCUCUUAUCAUUGAUAGCUUUUGCAUACUAAUAACUUUCCCAUAUUGAUGGUUUUUGAUAAUUAUAUUUGAUUAAUAAGUUAUUGUAGUUGAAAGGUUUUACUUGAGCGAUGUGUCUCCUUUUACUGGUUUUUAGCUUUAGCCGAUUGUCAGUUUUUGAAAUGUGUCAUCUUAUUCUAAAAAUACUUAAUUAUUGGCUUCUUCUGCUUCGCAAAUGCUUCAUUAAACUGUGGAUCUAUAGGUAUAACUGUCAUGUGGAUUGAAUAGUCAAUUUGCAAAAUAUAAAGAGCAAUUUUAAAAAAUGCAUUGAAUGGGAGGGGAGUUUAAUCAUAUUCUCACAAGUUUUUCUCAUAGAAUUACAAUUUGUAUUACAAAUUAAUUGUCUUAAGGGUUACCAAAGAACUUUUAUAUUGAUUUUCUGAUAAAAUAAACCUUUAUCACCAAGAACUUACUUUGAUAGAACAUCUUGAAAAUCAGAAAAAUUAAUGAAAACAACACUUCCACAGCUGCAAUGAUGCGUACAAAAAAGUGUCAUGAUGAAUCUGUGUGCACUAGGGUCUUAAUAUAUAUUUUUUUAUUGUCUUGUGGACGUUGUUUGUCCAAUACAUUUGGAUAUACAGCGUUAUUCACUCCUAUCCCACAAUACAGAGAGACAAUUUCCAUCUUAAACUAAUCCGGACAGUUUUUGCCAUUAAAACAAAAAUUAUAGCGGAUCCUCUUUUUGGAAUGGUUUGGAUUCGGAUCGUCAUAAUUUCAGUAACAUAAUUAUGUUACUGAAAUUAGAACUACCUAUGAACAUAAACAAUGAAGAAAAAAAGUCUCAUACUAAAGAGAAAGCUUCAGGGGGCAAUUAUCAGGACACCGAUCGAUGGUUAUUCUCAAAUCCCUAAGACGCGGAUAAAUGGGGCUACUACGAUACUGCAAUCUACUAUGAUCGUGACGUCAUAAAAUCAUUGAUUUGCGAAAUCUUCAAAAGAAAAAAAUGUGAAAUAUAUCAGGUUUCUUUAACCAACGACUCUCUGAAUCACGAAGAACAUCAAAAUAUAUCAUUCUGUUUAAUUACUUAAUCUACAUCUUUCUAAAUAUUCAAACUACAGAACGUCUCAAUAUAAACAUAAUGUCAAUUCAAUAAAAGCAGUGACAAAAUUAGCAGUCCAAGUUAUAAUUUCCAUUUGUUUUAAAUAGCGCCUAGGGCCAUUCCAUGGUAGCAGCGACCGUGGAAAUCUCAGAAUAUACGAUUCCAAACGGAUACUGCAAAUCGGUCGAUUGUAGUCACGAAACAUGUUUUAAGACUAAAGUAAUAUCAGUCUUGAGAGGGUAAUACAAUAUAACGAGUUUAUCAUUUAACAUUUCAUCACUUUAGACUCGAUUUCAA